AUGUCAGAGAAGCAAGAGCCUAUCCACUCGGCGGCCGAGUCGAAGGCGUCCCCUCCAGACUCGGUCCUUGAGCUUCCAUCCAUCAGACGCAACAACUAUGUUACCGGUGAUGCGUUCGCCGCUGGUGGCUCGACAGAGUUGUACGAGCCAAUUGUAGCGUACGAAGGCAAACACAGAUAUGACCCAACGGCGGAAUGGACCGAAAAGGAGGAGAAAAGACUGAUUCGCAGGCUCGAUUACCGAAUCGCCUCUUGGGUCUGCCUCAUGUUCUUUGCUCUGCAGCUUGAUCGUGGCAACAUCUCCCAGGCUCUGAGCGACGGCAUGUUGAAGGAUGUCGGUUUGUCGACAAACCAGUACAACUAUGGUCAGACGAUAUUCUACCUUUGCUUCUUGUCGGCUGAAGUACCGUCGCAAAUGAUCUCAAAGAAACUCGGCCCAGACGUCUGGAUCCCCAUUCAGAUGGUUACGUGGAGCGUCAUCGGCAUUUGUCAGGGCCUCAUUUCGGGCGAGAAGAGCUUCUACACCAUCCGUGCGUUACUGGGUCUGGUUGAGGGUGGCUUCAUCCCCGAUGCUCUUCUCUAUCUGUCAUAUUUCUACACCAACAGGGAACUACCAAUGCGGGUGGCGUGGUUCUAUUGCUCCUCGCACUUCACCUAUAUCAUUGCCGCUUUCCUUGCCUACGGAAUCCUCCACAUGCGUGAUGUCGGCGGCUGGGAAGGCUGGAGGUGGUUGUUUGUCCUCGAGGGAGUGUUGACGGCGAUUAUUGGGGUGCUUUCCUGGUUCUAUCUGCCUCCCAGUCCAACACAGACAGCGAGUUGGUUUCGAGGCAAAGAUGGUUGGUUCACUGAGCGUGAAGAGGUCAUUAUGGUCAACCGAGUUUUGCGUGACGACCCAGGCAAGGGAGGAAUGCACAACCGCCAGGGUAUGGGACCAAAGUUGCUCUGGGCUUCCCUCACGGAUUACGAUCUUUGGCCGCUCUAUGCGAUAAGCCUCACUUUGCUCAUGCCGACGAGCCCGCCUGCUGCAUAUCUCACCCUAAACUUGAAAGCGGUUGGUUUUGACACUUUCCAGACCAAUCUCUUGACGAUUCCAGCAUACGCUCUUUUCCUGGUCCAGCUGGUGUUCUGGACUUGGUACUCGGAAAAGAUUAAUAACCGACAGAUCAUUGUCCUCUUCUAUUCAUUCUGGUGUCUGGUACUACUCCUUGCGUUGGAACUGCUUCCGACGGGUUCAAGCCCCUGGAGCUGGUAUGGGAUCACGGUGCUGAUGAUCGGUUUCCCUUAUAUCCAUUCAAUCAAUGUCAGUCUUACAUCGCGCAACGCCGGUUCUGUACGCACAAGAACCAUAGGCAGUGCAUUAUAUAACAUGAUUUGUCAAGCAUCUAAUGUCAUUGCCUCCAACAUUUACCGCGCGGAUGAUGCACCUUUGUAUAGACGGGGGAAUAAAGUUCUUCUUGGCAUUGUCGGAUGGAACAUACUCAUGACUGUCUUUGUCAAGUGCUACUAUAUGCACCGCAACAAGACACGCGAUCGUCUCUGGAGCGCAAUGAGCUCGGAAGAGAAGGAUCACUACCUCAGGACAACCAAGGACCAGGGUAACAAGAGGCUGGAUUUCCGAUUCGCCCACUGA